GAUCUGGAUCCUAGCUAAAAAUAAGAGUAAAAAAAAUCGGAAGUUCUGUCAAUUUUCGAUGGUUGCCAAAAAAAUCUCUGUGUCAUUAACCAGUUGGGGAACCACUGUAAACAACAAAGUGAAGCAUUAAUCAACAUUUUCGACCAGGUUACUAUCAAAUAAGUUAAACAUGGCAUCAAGAGCUGGAUAUAGACCAGAGGGAUCUGAUGGAAGUGAUCAUUGGCACAGAGAGAGUAUUGCUUGGCAGUAUAAAAUUAGUUCCAUCAACAAAGGUCGACUGAGGCUAGCACUUUUUCUCCACAUAAUGAUUGGCCUUUUAAUGUUUGUACGCCUUCUGCCUGGAAUUACUGGGGCUUUUGGCUUUACAGUAGUCAGCCUUCGACGCCUUGACCUGCCACACCCACGACCCUGGGAAUAUGCAUGGCUAGUUAGUCUCAUAGCUGCUGUAAUAGGCUGGCGUUCAACUCCACAGAACAACUCAUUUUUGUUGAAGCAAUUUCUCUUGGGCUUAGUAGUUUUUGGCAUCGUUCCAAUUUUUUUUGCAUUUUUCGAUUUGAAGAAGGAUAUAGUACUGUAUUUACAAGAGAGGAAAUACACAUAUGAGAUGUUUGGAUUUCCUGCUGUAUUGCUGUGGUUUGCAUUUUUGCUCAUAGCCCUUCAGGUUCACCUGUUCUCUGUAUACUUUAGCUACAUCCUUCUUGGCUCUUGGAAGCCUCGUGUAACUGAUAAGUUGAAAGCCAGAUAAUGCAUUUAUACAAUAAAUUAGUAUGCCUAAUUAAAUUAUCAAUGAGCAUGGUUGCUUAAUUAAUUAUCCUGUGAUGUAAGUCAUAUCCAGCUGAUUUGAUUGAUUCUCUAUUUGCCUUGUGAAAUGACUACUUGCCCAUCUUCAAAUACGCUCAACAAAAUUUCCUCUAAAGAUUGUACUUGAAGUUUCUUCAAACUGAUUUUCUACCACCUUGUAUUCAGUAGUGGAUAAUUUUAUAAGUUUAUUCCUGCAAACCCAAAAUUUUUGUUCAGUUAUGUAGACAUUUUAUUUUUAAAUUUUUAUUGUUUUCAUCCAAUGCACUAUUCUUUCUCAAUAAAACAGCUGAUCUCAGAUUUGAUGUAUUCGUCAGAUAUUUAAAUGCAAAAUGUGCAUAAACAAGUAUAGUACCAUUUAACAGGAAGAAAAAACACGAGAUUUUUUUUUAUAACAGCUAAAAUUGCUCAUUGGACAUUUUUGCAAUAUUACAGUUAACUUACGCAAUUUGUAAAAAAUUGAAAUAAUCAAUUUAAGUC